CGGUCGGUGUCUACUGAACGAGCUGAUACGGACUGUAUCCACAAAACAGUACAGCACCGAAUUUUAAUCAUUUUUAGUCUUAAACUCCCGUUUUUGAGGAAGCUUUUUUGACCCACAUCAAUCCAAUCAGGCAGACAGACGACUCGACCUGAAUUACAGACAGAAUGGAUCAUUCCCCCACAACCAGCAGCCUGAUGGCCAGUAACGUCACCAACAAGACGGACCCGCGUUCGCUGAACUCUCGCGUCUUCAUCGGGAACCUCAACACCAUGUUGGUGACCAAGGCCGAUGUGGAGGCCAUCUUCAGUAAGUACGGGAAGAUCGUGGGCUGCUCCGUGCACAAAGGCUUCGCGUUUGUCCAGUACGCCAACGAGAGGAAUGCCAGAGCCGCGGUCGGAGGGGAAGACGGGAGGAUGAUCGUUGGACAGGUACUCGAUAUUAAUCUGGCUGGCGAGCCCAAACCUCACCGAUCAAAGACCAUCAAGCGCUCUGCAGGAGACAUGUACAGUUCUUCGUUUGAUCUGGACUAUGACUUUCAGAGAGAUUACUACGACAGGAUGUACUCGUACCCAUCGCGUGUUCCUCCUCCUCCUCCUCUGUCCCGAGCUGUGAUCCCGUCCAAGCGUGCACGUGUGAGUGUGAGCGGCAGCAGGAGGACCAAGAGCAGCUUUAGCUCCAAGAGCAGCCAGCGCACGUCCCGCACCAUGAGAGCUGAUGAUCUCCAGACCAUUAAGAAGGAACUGACUCAGAUUAAACACAAAGUGGACUAUCUGCUGGAGAGCCUGGAGCGCAUGGAGAGAGACCACAGCAAGAAAUCAGACGUGAAGAGCGCUAAAGCAGAAGAGGUGUCGCCGCAGCACUCCAGCGGGAAGAAAGAGAGGGAACACUCAGAAAUGAACGACUAUGAGGAUGAAGGAGAUCUGCUGGAGGAAGAGGAGAUCAAGAGUCGAGGAAGAGAGGAUGAUGAGGAGGAAGAGGAGGGCGAGCAAGAGGAAGGAGAGGACGAUGGAGACAGUGCCAACGGAGAUCAUGCUUAAAACACACAAACAAACAACACAUGCAUGCUCACCGUGAGAUUUAGAGUAGAUCCUCAAUGCACAAGCUUUCAUUUCACACAUCAAGAACCAUAACCAAGACUCUGCACAUCAUGAAAACGCAUCUCUGCUUUACAGUUAUGUUUUUCAGCGAGCACAGCUCUCCCCGGUGAGAAACCGCGUAGCUCUUCUACAUUUCUACGUUCUCAUAGUCAAGCUAAUACUUGAGGUGUUCAUCUAGGAGCCAGUUGUGUUGCAUUUUUGUCCUGUCAUGCUGUUUCAAGACUGACGUUUUGAAAGGCUGGAAUGUGUUUGUGUGAGAUUCUGAUGGAGAUACAGCUCAGCUUGAAGUCUUACGAGUAGGAUAGUCAGUCGGUGAAACACAAAUAUGUUUCGUGAAGGAAACGGAGCCUUGAAGACGAGUGUUUGUCAAUAUUAAUCAACAUCUGAGAUGAUACCUAUAGGUCUGCUGUGUGGAAUCGGUUGUUCAGUGAUUGACAGAUUGAUAAGCCAAUCAGAAUGCAUUUCAUUUUGAAUUCUUAAAGAGACACUAACAUGCAUUCUGUGCAUUUUCGCGAUCCUGUUAGUUGGCUUGAACGAGCUAUUUUCUGACCUAAAAAAAAAAAGUAUAAACUAUGUCAGGCCUUGAAAAAUUCUCCACUUCCAGCACAUUGCUUUUCUCUUUAACGUUAAAUGUUUGUUUUCUCUAUCUUCAACGGCUGCUUAAGUAAUUAUUGUGAUUGUUGAGAUGCUCUUUUUGAGGGCAUUCACUCUCUAAACCAUUUCCCCCAAUGCUUUUGUGGCUGUGAAACCCUUCUGUGUGGGUUAUUGAUCCUAAAUGCACCGGUCAUCCUAUUUCUCUUCAUUCCUCUUCAUUUUCCUCCCCAACAUAAUUGGAUUCAGGCUCGUCUCUGCCUCCCAAUGGCUCUAAAAUGAAGCUGUAAAUGGACUUAAAACCCUGAUCUAGUUGAGUUCAGUUGUGUGUUUGUCUGCGGUUCAAGCGCUGCAGUUGUUGCUCCAGCAGUUGUUUUUAGGAAUAAAUGCAUUACUCGUCCUGACCUGCAGGUGGCACUGUGACCCAUUUCUCUUAUUAAAGAGACCAUUCACCCAGAAAACAAAAUCAUAGUAUCAUUUCCUUCAUGUUUGAGUUUCUUUUAAACACAAAUGAAGAUAUUCUGAAGAAUGCUGGAAGAUAAACCACCAUAGUCUCAAAUAGUAUUUUUGGGAGUCAAUGGUAUAUUGAAUAGCUUCAGAAGCACUUGAGUGUGAGUUUGAGGACUUUUUCACUUAUUUUGGGUGAGCGAUCUCUUUAUACGCUGUCAGAAAUGUGUGUAUGAUUGUGCUGAACUGUUUUAUAUUGCAUAGCGGGGUCGGUGAGGAUGCGUUCAGGUUGUACAGUCGAUUUUACUUGUCGGUUUGUGUUUGGUGUACCGUGACACUAAGAGCUCAGUUUGCUUCCGUCUUUUAUUUUCUCCAUUUUGUUCUGUUUGUUUUUGUUUCGUUGGUCCAUGUAAUAAGUUUCAAUAAAACUACAAAUGUUCGUGA